GUCCAAGAGAAGUGUAGCCGAAACAGGUAAAGGAUUUAUUGAAGGCGAUGUUAGGUGUAUUGUUAAAAUCUAGAACAAAUCCUAAUUCUGAAUUAUAGUGAGGCAAGGUUGGCGUUGCUUCAAGCCUUUAUACUUCAUCCCCAUAAGCUUUCCACAGCCCGCGGGGACAAUGACAUUAGGAAGGGGCGCAAACGGGGUAACGUUAAUUUGGACCCUUUUAUUUCUAUCUGCCCUCUGCCUACCAACGGUCCAUUCCCAUGGAGCCGAUCAUGGAGAGUCACAGGGGGGUGAUCAGGAUAGCCACCCACCCAUUAUACGCUUGGACAAGAAUAUGGUCCAGGACAAAGAUCACAUCAUGGAGCACCUGGAGGGGGUGAUUGACAAGCCGGAGGCGGACAUGUCUCCCCAGGAGCUGCAGCUGCACUACUUUAAGAUGCACGACUACGAUGGCAACAACCUGCUGGACGGGCUGGAGCUGGCCACUGCCAUCACACACGUGCACAAGGAGGAACGAGGAGAGGACAGUCAGCCAAUGAAGGAGGAGGACUUAAUCAGCCUUAUUGAUGACGUUCUGCGAGACGAUGACAAAAACAAUGAUGGCUACAUAGACUAUGCAGAGUUUGCAAAGUCUCUGGAGUAAGAGAUGUGAAGGAAAGAGAGAGAUACGAGGAGACAGGCCUUGCCUUACCACAGACUGGCCUCACACACACACACACACACACACACACACACAUGCUUACUGCUGUCCAAUCAACCAUUUCUACUGAAUUCAGAACAUGGAACAUGCUGUUUACGGUUUUCUGUUUGGAUCUCAAUAUUUUUCUUUGUUGAGACUGUGACAUUACAGGCUCAGCUGAUAUUUGAGUUGUAUGUAGUACCUGCCAAAUGUAUACUGUGUAAAUAACAUAAUUACUGAAUAAAAAACCCAUGAUGAAUUGUAA